AUGGGUCAAGGAUUCUACUCUGCUCAGUUCGGCACGGAGCAUGAUUAUGAAAGAGCUCUGAAUGGGGGGCCGUGGAUAAUUGAGGAGCACUACGUUCUCACAAGGAUGUGGAGGCGAGGGUUUGAGCCGGGGGAAGAGGAACUGACACACACAUUGGUAUGGGCACGAUUGCCUAAAUUACAAUUGGAUUAUUACGAUGAGGAACUUUUAAGGAGUAUAGGAAACUCGUUGGGAAGGUUUAUCAAGAUGGAUGAGGCCACAAGGCUAGCGAUUAGAGGGCACUUCGCUAGAAUAUGUGCCGAAGUCAACUUGGCGAAAUCUUUGAUAUGCAAAUACCUCCUGGAAAGGAGAAAAAGCCGAGUUUAG